AUGAGUCAUGAUCAUGAUUCUGAUGGCCCUGGUUCAGGAAAUUCUGAAUCGCUAUCUCAUGGGUUGCAACAAAAUGCAAUAUACUGGGAAACUGGACAUAGAACGUACCUACCAUUCUGGGCAAACUUAUUAAAAAAGUUUAGCCCGAAAAUAAUCGACGACAGGCUUCGUAUAUCCUUAGGAGAGGCAAGCCCCGUUUCCUACGAACCAUUUGUAUUCUAUGGAAACUCAGCUUACUUUAGAAGUUAUUACGGUGAUCCUGAUGUCAGCGUUGUAUAUCCACUGAAAAAACCGACAAAUUUUUGUUUUUUGCCUACCGGCAGAUUGAGUUUAAGUGAACUAGAGCAUAAACUAAAGGUUCAUGGAGAUUCUAAGGUCUCAGAUAAGGAGAAAGUGCUUAAAAACCUUUUUGGCACAGCGUAA